AGUAGAUCUAAUUCUGCGCAACAGAUGGGAAGACUUUUGUUAAACGUCACUAUAACAGCUGAUAAUAACAACAAAAUAUUUAAACAAUCAUUUAUUAAAUCGUUGUAAUCGAAUUUAAUAUGAGUCAAGACAGGUAUUCUUUAAUAAAUACUUCUACAAAUUCUAAUAUAGUUGAAGAAUCCGGAUAUGGAUCUGUCGAUAACAGUGGGGACAAACCUAAAAAAUUUAAACAAUAUAUCGCAGCAUUUGCAGCCACCCUAUCAGCGUUGGCAGCGGGUACAGUACUAGCAUGGACGUCACCGAUUCUCAACGAUUUAGAAACUGGUAAAUAUCGUAAUAUUAAAUUAGAUAGUGACCAAUUAGGUUGGAUUGGAUCUUUCGUGAUGCUUGGAGGAAUGGUGAUGUGUAUACCGACAGGUUUUAUUUGCGACAUACUAGGUCGUAAAAAAACGCUAUUACUCCUAUUCAUCCCGUUUACUAUUGGUUGGUUAUUAAUUAUUUUUGCUGAAAACGUGUUGAUGUUAUAUUUCGGUAGAUUAAUAACCGGUACUGCUGCGGGGGCUUGUUGUGUAGCUGCGCCGUUGUACACCAGCGAAAUCGCUCAUAAAUCGUUAAGAGGAGCUUUGAGUAGUUACUUUCAACUCAUGGUUACUGUGGGGAUAUUUUUAGCGUACGUAGUGGGGAAAUAUUUGACCCCGGUUUAUUUUACCAUAUGGUGCGCUUCCGUACCGUUUAUUUUUAUUAUUUUCUUUGUAAUUCAACCAGAAUCGCCGGUGUAUUUGAUAAAACGAGGGAAAUACGAGGAAGCUAAACAAGCUUUGAUCUUAUUAAGGGGGCUUCAUUAUAGAAUUGAUGCUGAACUAGUAGAAAUUGAAGGUUUUUUGAAGGAGAGUACACAAACUAGUAUUUCGUUAAUUGAUACAUUUAAAAAACGUUCAAUUAUUAUAGCUUUCGUUAUUUCUUCUUCUUUGAUGUUUUUUCAACAAUUUUCCGGUAUAAAUACGAUUAUUCUUUAUACUACGGAUAUUUUUAAAGCUUCUGGUAUAAGUUUAGAUGCCAAUACGGCUUCUAUUAUUGUAGGUUUUUUUCAGGUUAUGGCAACUUUCGUUGCCUCUUUGGUAAUCGAUAAACUUGGUAGACGAAUACUUUUAUUUGUGUCGUCGUUGUUUAUUACGCUCAGUAUAUUCUUUUUGGGUGUGUAUUUUUCUCUUAAAGACCGGAGCGGAAUGGACGAGGAUGUUUUGGGGAAACUCGGGUUUUUACCUGUAAGCGCUUUGUGUGUUUUUAUAAUCGCUUAUUCGGUAGGUUUGGGGCCCAUUCCGUGGGUUAUUUCUUCGGAAAUUUUUCCUACUGAGAUUAAAAGUAUCGCUAGUUCUACGGCGGGGACUUUUAACUGGUUCUUGGCUUUCCUACUUACCAGAUUUUAUGUGCAAAUAUGCGAUUAUAUAGGGCAAGACAGUACUUUUUAUAUUUUCGGUUUUGCUUCGAUGAUCGGUAUUUUCUUUGUUCAUAUUUUCGUUAUAGAAACAAAGGGAAAGAACGUUUCCGAGAUACAGGUUCAAUUAAAUAACUAUUGAUAGCAAUAACAAUGUAUCGAUAGAAAUGGUUUGACAAUCACAACAAUGGAGUGUUAAAUCGUUUCAAUUCGUCCAAAAAUUCCUCUCAGUUAUCGACGUUUUCAUUUUCCUAUAAAGAUCUGUCUGGUUCCACAAAUUUUUCCGCCAGAAAUAAAGUACCAAAUUCUAUUAUUUUUAUCUCACAACGGCAACACCGCAUUUAAAGAUUACUGAAAUAUUUGUGUGACAUGAAAGUACACUUUGGACUGUUUUGUCGAUAAAAUUACGAACGUUAUAACUAUCGUGUAUUAUGUCAAUGGUUAUUAGAACGCUCUACAGAAUUUUCUACUUCUGCAGUAGCGAUAACAUAGACAUAGUAUAUGUCUAUGGUUGAUAAAUAGCCACCAUAUUGUUUAUUACCCGAGAUCUGACAACAUUUAUAACCUAUGAAAUAUUUACUUUUAACUGAUUUUCAUUUUUAAACACUAUUUGAAAUUUUGGGAUUAAAAUCUCUAAAUUUAUUUUAUUUAUUAUGUAUAUUCAAGUUAGUGAAUACUAUAUUUAUUAAAAAAAGAACUUUAUAUUUUUGUAAAGUUUAUCGAAAUCUUUUCAGUAAGUAACUUUACAUUAUAUAUAAAAAAAUAUUCAAAUUCCACAUAUAUCUUAUUUGAGAGAUUGUUAUUUAAUGAAUGUACUAAUUACAUUUAAAUGAAGUAUCUUUAAUGAUAAUUUCGAAUGUAAAUACUUUCUGUGAUUUUAUUUAAUUCUAGUUUUAAUGACCUUUAAUUCCAAAGUCUUAUUUACUUAUUGAAUUUUCUGAAAGAUAGUUCCUAAUUUUAAUUUAAAUAUUGUUUGAACACACUGUUUAUUAUCACUACACCAACACUCUCUAUUAUACAGUUCAACCCUCUUUUAAGAUAACAAAACUAUUUUCAAAAAUCAUCAAUGAUCUUUGUAAUGAAUUUUUUCAUUAAAAAAUUUACACCGUUCCACAAUUAUCGAACAAAUAUUUUCUAUGUAGUAUUAAAACUAUGAUACAGUAUGUACAGUGUGGCUCAAAUAUGAUAUAUUUAUGUAAUUGAUUUAAUGCUAUUUGUAUUUGUUGAUAUUUUAUCCAAUUAUAUGAGUUAUACAUCAA